AUGAAUAGAACGAACGGACGUCAGUGGUUCCUCCUGUGCCUCUCCGUCGUCGAGUGUCUCCUGUGCACCGGGGUGACGUUCGGUUUGAGCGCGUUGACGAUCGCGUUAAAACGCGACGGCCAAUUCGCGGAAACGUGCGGAGGCGCAGAAGGAGCGACGAUGCUAGAGGGAGAAGGAGAGGAGGAGUGCGUGGGGCAGAAACUGAAGUUUAACGCGAUGUUUACCGCAGGAACGGUCUCGGUGCCACUCUCGAUGAUGUUUUGGGGAAGGUUGAUCGAUUUGAAAGGCGUGAAGUGGGUGCGAUUGGUCUCUCUGUCGUUGUUUACGGUCGGGUGCGUGCUCUUCGCGGAAUCGGAUUCGAAGACGUUUGACGCGUACGUGGUCUCUUGCGUGUUCCUCGGGAGUGGAGGCGCGGGAUUUUUCAUCUCGCAUUUCCAGUUUUGCGAACAUUGGAGGCACACUAUGUAUUUUGGAAUGUCGCACAGCGCGACGAAUAUGGCGUUCGAUUCGAGCACGGUGACGUUUUACGCGUUCGAGGCGAUGCAUAAAGCGGGGUGUUCGGUGAGAGCGUUGUUUUACGGGUUAGCCGGAUUGAGCGCGGUGUUUAUGAUGAGCACGAAUAGUUACGUGUGGGGAAAGUACUUGGACUCGCCGGAGAAAGAAGAGUACGUCGAGGAAGCGGAGAUGGAGAGCGGGGGGGAUGGUGAACUUGCGAAGGUUCAAAGUUCUCGCGCCAAAGGGUUGGAGCACUUGGGCGUUCCGUUGACGCAGAUGAAAUUUACGGAACAAGUGCGAACGCCGUAUUUUAUAUCUGUUGCCGCGUGGUCUCUCGGUAGUAUUUAUCGUUCGAUGUUCAUUUUGGGAAGCAUAUUCGAACAGAUGUUGUAUAACGGCGACGGUAGAAGUACGAAAGACGCGAACGCGUACGUUCGCGUGUUCAACGCCUUAAUUUUAGUGAGCACGUUUCUGACGCCGUUUUUCGGCUUUUUCGUCGAUAGAUUCGGAUUAGCGCCGGCGUUCACGUUGGUCAACGUUUUAGGGGUGCUAAGUUUUGUAGGUGUGCUUUGGAAUCACGAUAUAGUGAGCUUAUCGAUUGCAUUUUUAGCGUUCGGUUGCUUUCGCGCUUGGAACUACUCGUGCUUGACGAUAUACGUGCAAGGCGUAUUCGGGAACGCGACGUUCGGACAGUUAUAUGGUAUAGGUAUCGGCGUAUUCGCCGUGAUUUCCGGCGCUAUGCAGUAUCCAUCCAUGCACUUAGUUUUGAAAGAAGGCGACGGCAGUUUUCUCGUCGUUGACCUAUUGAUGAUUUGUAUCGGUAUCUUACUCUUUGCGUUUCCAGUUUGGAUUCGCAAAAACGGCGUAGUUGGCGCGCACGGCUCGUAA